CGGGGCCCAUUUGCAACCUAAUUCAGCCCAGUUUGUUCCCUGGUUUUUGGCCUGUUUAACUAGAGAGAGAGACAGAGAGACAGGAAGAGAGAGGUGAAGACCGCUUCUAGGCUUCUAGCGUCACUGUAAUCUCCUUCAUGCUCAUGAUUCGUCCACAAUCCUGAGAUGAAGUACGUGAAGCCAUUCAAUUUGUUCCAAGAUUUGAUGAAAACGAAGCCGUUAGAACGAGGGCGGUUGCUUGGUCUUGAUGUGGGUGAUAAAUAUGUUGGCCUAGCUGUUUCAGAUGCAAAUAACAAGAUUGCUUCACCUCUCAGUGUACUGCUUCGAAAGAAAACAAACAUUGACUUGAUGGCAGGUGAUUUCCAGAAUUUGGUCUCCGAACUAUCUUUGAAGGGCUUCAUUAUUGGCUAUCCCUUUGAUAGGUCUAGAAGCAGUCCAGAUGCUGUGCAAGUGAAACUUCUUAUUGAUGACCUCUGUAAAACGGGGAGACUAGAAGGUGUGAGAUACACCUUCUGGGAUGAGUGCUUCACAUCAAAGAAUGUGGAAUUAUUGUUGAAGCCUUUGAAUUUGCAUCCAGUAUUGGCUAAGACUAUGAUUGACAAAUUUGCUGCAGUCGGAAUACUUCAGGGAUACCUGGAUUAUGUGAACCGGACUCUGGUGUUGAAAUCGGCAGGGUAGGACCUUUUCAUAAUAGUAGCUGUAACGUCUAAAAAUUUGAUGUAGUAAUUCAUAAGCAAAUCUGAUGAAAUCUGAGCUUACUUAGCUAACCAUCACUUUCUAGAACAAGAAGUUAAGGUGCACAACAUUUGUAGAACUGGUACAGAUUGUAUGUCCAGCAGAUAUUUUGUUUAUUGCAACUGAAAUGCGAAAUGAGAAUCCAAGUAUGUGGCUGAUUCUGUGA